AUGCAGUCUGUCGGAAGUUUCUUUUCAACGGUCUCAAAGUUCUACAAUGAGAUCAACCCGGCAACACUUUCGGGCGCGAUUGAUGUCGUGGUGGUUGAGCAGGCUAAUGGCGACUUGGCCUGUUCGCCCUUCCAUGUCCGGUUCGGCAAACUCAGUAUUCUUCGCCCUCAAGAGAAAGUUGUAGAGGUGACGAUCAACGGACGGGUGGUCGACUUCCCGAUGAAGGUCGGUGAUGCAGGAGAGGCGUUCUUUGUGUUUGAAACGGAACAGGAGGUGCCCGAGGAGUUUGCCACAUCACCCCUCGCAGGACCAUCCUCGCCCGACAAAGUCGAGGACGAGAUUGAUUUCCUAGACCUGACUCAGGGGGAAGGUGGUGGCCAUGUCACAACACAGCCGAACGACCAAGGUUAUGUGAGCGCACACAGUGGACACGGUUCAGAGUUCGAGGAGGACGAACAAGAGUUCCCCCCGCCGUCUCCAGCCAAGCGGCACCCCUACGCUUCCGCUGCAGAGUUAGGCAGCAACAGCUACGGGACGGGUCAACACCAGAUGAGGAUAGAGGGGCAAGCCUCUCCGCACGAUAUCAUGGAAAAUUUCCAGCCUGUCCAUUCCGCUGGACCGUUCGGUGACCAUGCCAACACUCAUGAUCACUUUGGGUACCAGCCCUCCAUACCCGUUGUUUCUUCCGAUGGCACCAACAGUCGUAGCCAGUUCCUGAGUCCACCGCACAAAGACGAUGUGAUUAUGGACAUAACUGGAUACAAAACGGACGACUCGGCAGAGACUGACCUCGAGUCGGAUGAUCCUUCAGCGGGGGCAGAUGCAUCCAAGAGUAGCCCUCGUACUCGGAGGAGACGGAAGCGAGUUGCUCGAAGGAACAUGGGAUUUUCGCCCUCAGGAGCAACAACAAGGGUCGGGCAUGAACCGACAGAAGAAGCCAAGGAGACCGAUUCACGUUUGCCCUCGCGUCCUAUUCAAAGCAUGUUUCAUCGCAAGGCCCCUUACCGCGUCAAACGCUCUUGCUCUCUCCCUAACGUAUUGGAGCCACAGGGCCUUCUCCUGCAGCUGGAGGAGUCAGUGCAGUGCUUAAACAGACCGACGCGGACUCAUCAGGCAAUAGCAGCUCAGCAACCUCGACGCCUCCACCUACACUGGGCGGCCAACAUGAACACCACCCACAUCGUCACCAUCGCCAUCAUCAUCAUCAUCGCCAUGACGAGGUACCAGACGCCAAGGACGGCCAAGGCUACACAGGAUUCAGAGUGGUCAUGGGGAUGGGGAAGUCUUCCAGUCAAGAACGAUAGCAUGGAAGGCAUUGUUGAUGCGGAUCAGAAGGGUCAGCACUCCACCCAUGUGUCGAUCGAUAUCCCUGCGACUCCAAAACCUGUCCUAAACGAGAUCGAAAUUGAAGGAGAGACGUAUAGAGUCGCCAUCAGCCUGUGUCCCGGAGACGAGUUUGGCAAGGAUGUGAUUGCAAGUGAGGCAUUGUUUGCUACACACCAAGUCACCUUUGAGGAGUUUGGAAAGGACCCUCUCAAGAUUCUCAACAACAAAAGUCUAGUCUGCCUCAUCAACGACAGAUACUUCACAUGGGCAGCUGCAGGCCCAUACUUGGCGUCAUUAGUGCUCUUCCGGAAACCACUCUCAGACGAAACACUGCAUCAGCUCUCAGUCAAAGACUCGAGACACCUCUCUGACAGAUCUCAGACACAAGAGCAACCGACCAGAUUCGGUGCAUUGUCCAGGUGGUUGCGUGGAUCCCCGACCGCGAACCAGCUAAGUGCGAUAGAGCAAGGGCUCCCUAGACACCCCUCGGGAUCCGACGAAGCUGUACCUCUCCAGCAACCAGAUGAGGAUGGAGAUGAAGAGAAGCAAGAGGCAAAGCCCACAUCAGGGACAGAAUUACACUUGGAUGCUGACAAAGAGCCGAUGAUACGGAGUACCUCUAUGCCAAUACAACGCUCCAAGUCAGUGGGGUCAGAGAACAGUACAGCAGACCAGGCAACCACUUUAGAACCUAAACAUCAAGCUACCAAGCGAUACGCCAAGACUCUUCGCCUUACCUCUGAUCAGCUGAAAUCGCUCAACCUGAAGAAGGGCGCGAACACAUUGACAUUCGCCGUCACGUCAAGCUACCAGGGCAAGGCUAUUUGUUCAGCAAAGCUGUUCCUGUGGGAUCAUGACUAUCAAGUGGUCAUAUCUGAUAUCGACGGCACCAUCACCAAAUCGGAUGCUCUGGGUCACAUCUUUACAAUGGCUGGUAAAGAUUGGACCCACCCUGGUGUAGCCAAGCUCUACACGGAUAUCGCCAACAAUGGCUAUCAUAUCUUGUACCUGACUUCUCGUGCGAUCGGUCAGGCAGAUUACACCAGAAAGUAUCUGAAGAACGUGGAGCAGGACAACUACUAUCUCCCUGACGGUCCGGUCAUCAUGAGUCCAGAUCGAUUGAUGACAGCAUUCCACAGAGAAGUGAUUAUGAGGAAGCCAGAAGAGUUUAAGAUGGCUUGUUUGCGUGACAUUCGGCGCCUGUUUGAGGACCGUAACCCCUUCUAUGCUGGAUUUGGCAACCGGAUUACCGACGCCAUGUCGUAUCGAAGCGUGAACGUUCCUUCGUCGAGGAUCUUUACUAUCGACUCUGGUGGCGAGGUCAAGCUAGAACUCCUCAGCAGCUACAAAUCUUCGUAUCUGGCAUUGAAUGAUUUGGUGAAUGAGAUCUUUCCAGGAAUGCGCCAAGCACCAGAGUUUAAUGACUGGAACUUUUGGAAGCCGCCGAUGCCGACGAUCGAUUUGCCUAUGGCGCCUUCACCGCAACCGACUUUGCCGUCUAAUCCUACCAACCCUGGUUCUUUUAAUAGCGGCGGAGUACCAGGACGACUAGGCGUGAUUCGCAGCUUUACGAAUUCACUAACGUCUUCUGCCUCUGGGUCGCUGAAGAAGAGAUCUUCCAUCCCAACUUUCAGCUCGUCUCCAGUACCGGUCACUUCUCCACCUGCAUCUUCUCCUCCGCUACCACCGUCCUCGGCGCCAGCAGGGUUGCAGAUCGUUGAUAGAACAAGACGACUGUCGUUGUCGCUGAUGAAGUAUGGAGGAAGCCACUCUGCAUCUGCGUCAGCUACCAAUGUUACUGCCUCUUCGUCCAUGACCCAGGCGACCAAUGGUCAGAUAUCAUCCUCUCCUCCAUCAUCACAUUCAGAGACUUUGGCUCCUCACCAGAAUGCACGAUCCCGCGGCAUGUCUAUGACAACCUUGUCGUCGCUUGUAUAUGUGCCAUCAAAUCUCGGAACUUCGCCUCCGACGACUUCCUCGACCCUGAGUAGUGAAGUACAUCCACUCGAUAUCCCGACUGUGAGGAAGGCGUCUAGUUUCUCGGUUUCACCACCUCAAUUGGCGAGUCGACUCACUGAGACUGUGAUUCCUUUCCUGAGAGGGCGGUCAUCCCGAUCUGAGCAGGGUCAGAAACAGCAGCAGCAAGAUGUCGAUGCUGAGAUUCACCAGCACCAUGAAGAGACUCUUCCGAGUUCCGAUGAGUACUCCGAGGGCACCAUUGUGGAGCAGCAGUAUGAGGACGAGUAUGAGAGCUACUCUGGUGACCGUUAUGAUGCUGGCGAGGAGGCUGGCGAGUAUGAAGAGUAUGAGUAUGACGACGGGGAAGAAUUGGACGGCGAUCUUGAGGAUGAUGUUGAGCUGAACAUUGAUGCGCCGUUCCUGUAG